GGGUGGCUGCGCGGCAUGAGUGGAGCGAUGCGUGCGGCUUGGCGGCUGGGGGCUGCCGCCGUGCGGUGCCGAGCUGGGCGCCCGCUGAGUCAUGCGGCCGGGGAGGGUGGCGGCGCUGCCGCCGAGGGCAGCGGCGGCGGCGGCUCAGGGUCGCGGGAGGCGAUAGAGCGGCUGGUGCGGGAGCACCCGGUGGUGGUGUUCAUGAAGGGCAGCCCGGAGCAGCCGCUCUGCGGCUUCAGCAACGCUGUCGUGCAGAUCCUGCGCCUGCACGGCGUGGAGGGCUACCGCGCCCACGACGUCCUACAGGACCCCGACCUCCGCCAAGGAAUAAAAAACUAUUCCAACUGGCCUACCAUCCCACAAGUAUACCUCAAUGGUGAAUUUGUUGGUGGCUGUGACAUACUCCUCCAGAUGCAUCAGAAUGGAGAUCUCGUAGAAGAGCUGAAGAAGCUAGGAAUCCGUUCGGCACUUCUGGAUGAAGAAAAAGACCAAGACAAAAAGUAAAAUGGGGGGGGGGGGGGGAAGAUGCUGUGAGAGGAAUAAAGCAAAUCUUAGAUAAGAAGUUGUUACCAGUAAAGCCUUACGUACUUCAGCUCAAAGAAGGCAUUUGUUGGAACUGACGCUAAGAUUUUUCUGUGAAUGUCUGUUAGUUCAUGGUAGAUGUAAUGAUAUCAAUAUUUUGAUUUAUGGAUAUUGUGAAAAUUUGAGUAUAACCAUUGCACUGUAAAGCUUACAUUUGUGGAAAUUUGUGUUUGGAAAAAGUUCACUUCUGAAACCAUUUUCUUCUUGGAUUGAGGGGAGUAAACCAAAAGAACUUGUAUUUUUAUGGAUUUUAAGUGUGUGUUUCUCUGUUCUUUGAUACACAAACCUACGCAAACAGUGUUUGCACUGCCUUGCUCCUUUUGAGAAAGUGUCAAGUAAUAAUGCAUUCGUUUUGCCAUAAGCUCCUUGUGGUAAGACUUCCUGAGAGUCUGUAAAACUUCUGUAAUCCCACAUGCUAUAGGAGAAAAAUAGUCUUCAAACAAUAUAGGAGAGAAAAAUUAUAUGAGAGUACAUGAAAUAUACUUUCAUUCCAAAGGGUAAAAAUAAAGGUUUAUACAGAUUA